AUGGCAUCUUCUGUAACCUUAGUAACUCUCUUUCUGGUAACAUUUUCUCUACUUUCACCGUCACAUUCGGCCACCUGUCAGUCACAGACUUUCACCAGCAACAGGAUUUACACUUUCUGCAACGAUCUCCCUUCACUUAACUCCUACCUUCACUGGACCUACGAACCGGCCAAUUCCACCCUCUCCGUAGCCUUCAUCGCCGCUCCGGCGAAGCCCAACGGCUGGAUCUCAUGGGCCAUAAACCCAACCGCCACCGGCAUGGUCGGGUCCCAGGCCAUGAUGGCAUUCAAAGACUCCAAGGGCGCAAUGACCUUUAAGACGUAUAAUAUCACUUCUUAUGCUUCUAUAACGGAAUCCAAGUUGUGGUACGAAGUGAAGGAGUCUUCGGCGGAAUUUUCUGGCGGGAUGAUGCGGCUUUUUGCUACUAUUGUGUUGCCGGAGAAGGGGAAGAGUACGGUGAACCAUGUGUGGCAGGUGGGCCCCUCUUUGACGGCAGGAAUGCCCGACAAGCAUGAAUUUCAGCCGGCGAAUUUGAACUCCAAAGGAAGCCUUGAUUUGUUGAAAGGACAGAGCACCGCUUCCAACGGUGGUGGGGACCCCAGGGCCAGGAAAAAAAAGAUUCAUGGGAUACUGAAUGUUGUGAGUUGGGGAAUUAUGUUUCCAAUUGGGAUCAUCAUCGCGAGGUAUGUGAGGUCAUUUCCAUCGGCCGAUCCAACAUGGUUUUAUCUUCAUAUCUUCUGCCAAGUCUCGUCCUACGCCAUUGGUGUUGCUGGUUGGGGGACGGGUCUUAAGCUUGGAAGUCAAUCCAAGGGUGUUCGUUAUACUGGCCAUCGCAAUAUCGGGAUUUCUCUCUUCUCUCUUGCUACUUUGCAGAUAUUUGCGUUGUUCUUGAGACCCAAAAAGGAUCAUAAGUAUCGGUUUUACUGGAAUAUCUACCAUCAUGGACUUGGCUAUACAAUUCUCGUUCUUGGCAUCCUCAAUGUGUUCAAAGGUCUAGAUAUACUUAAUCCCGAACCCAGGUGGAGGAAUGCUUAUAUUAUUCUGAUCGCAGUUUUGGGAGGCAUUGCUCUAGUAUUGGAAGCAAUCACUUGGAUAAUCGUGCUAAGGCGGAAGCCGGGAAAGUCAACCAAACCACACGACGGGAUCAAAAACGGUCAUGGUAGGCAAGAACCUCUAGCUCCAUGA